AAAAAUCUAGAAAAAUCGAAGAAGGGGAAAUAUGAAAAUAAUCGAGUUUAUUUUUCCUAUUAUAUAAAUUAAAGAAUUGUCCCAAAUACCCCACCGUACUUAAGCUACUCUUCAACUCGGAGGAUUUUUCGGUGGUUGUAAACGAUGACAACAGCGUCGAUGAAGGUCGUUGGUGAUUUAAAUGGGAUUCGUGCUUGAUUUGUUUAGAAAAAACAUCUUUACGGUUGAAUCCAGCAGGUGUGUGACAGAUGUUCAGACAAUUGACAAAGCAUUUGGUGACCAGUCUGUUUUUACAAUAAAAUGGAAGUGAUUUACCUGAUGUCUUGCGGAUAAUGGUAGAAAUCCUGACAUAAUGGAUAUCAUGAUUUGCUGUAUAUGUCACCAUGCAGUUGAAGACAACCAAGGCUCUAAACUUACAGUAAAAGGAUGCAGUGGAAUAAAUGAUGCUAGCUUGAAGAGACAGGAUAAUGUUCAGGCUGUUCCAGGAAAUUUUGUUCACAUUGCAUGUCGAAAGACGUACACAAAUGCUAAUGUUAUUGUUCGCGAUACAAAAGAAAACCUUAGUCCAAACACCAGAUUUGUGAGGUCUAAAGCUGAUGUAUUGAAUUUUCAAGAACAUUGUAUAUUUUGUGGUCAUUCUGCUAAAUACAAUGACAGAAAACGCGGUUUGGAUGUUUUUCCAGUAAGGACAUUAGAGUUUCAAAAAACUAUAACAGAGUUGUGUUCAGCUAGAGGAGAUGAUUGGGCUGAUAAGGUCCGGGGCAGGAUAGAAUAUGUAAAUGACCUACCAGCAGUUGAUGCAGUUUACCACCAGUCCUGUAGCAUCAAUUUUAGAACAUUUAAAGAUAUGCCAACAAAUUUCCGCAGUGUUACCGAACCUAUGACGAUGACAUCACCAAUACGAGGCAGACCCACGAACGAAGCAGCACAUCUAGCUUUUCAACAAGUGAUCUCAUCAUUAAAAGAAAGUGACGAUGAGCAAAUAACAGUUACAGAUUUAGUUGACCAAAUGAAAAAUAUUUGUGGAGAAAAUGCAUAUGGUGUACAAUACACUAAGCAGAAAUUAAAGGAACAUUUUGUUGAUUCAGUUAUAAUCACAGACAUAAAUGGGAAAGUAGAUGUGGUCACCUUUACAAGAACUGCAGCUUCAAUAUUGCAUGACUUCUAUUCACAAGGAAAGUUAGAUAAUGCCGAGGCCCAAAAAGUGACUCUUUUAAAAACAGCAGCUAAGUUAAUUCAAAAUGAUAUCAAGGAUGUAAAAAGUGACAAAUCAGUUUAUCCAAAUCCGGAUGAUAUCGCCAAUAAGCAGUUUGUGCCUGAAAGCUUAUUAAUCUUUUUAAGAGAAAUAUUUUCGGGGAAGGAUUCUGAUGUAAAAUUGUGCUCAAUAGGCCAAGCCAUUAUGCAAGCUUGUCGACCUAGAACUAUCAUAGCUCCAUUACAGUUGGGGUUGGCUGUUCAGCUCCAUCAUCAUUUUGCGUCAAGGUAUCUCAUUGAUGUGUUGAAUAGCCUUGGAUUUUGUGUGUCUUACUCUGAAGUGCAGAUGUUCGAGUCAAGUGCAGUUUUUACAAACAAUACAAAUAUUGAAAACUAUCAUGAAGACAUGUUCAUUCAAUAUGUGGGUGACAAUGUUGACCAUAAUCUACGGACUUUGGAUGGACACAAUACCUUUCAUGGUAUGGGUAUGAUUGCCUGUGUUACACCGGGAAACUUUGGUUAUAAACCAGUGACAAGAAGGCGCAUUACAACUGAGGAUCUCUUGUCAAUUGGAAGGAUAAAUAAACAAUAUUACACAGCACCAUGUAAUUCAAAGCCUUCACUGAAAUUGUCAGAGAUAACAUUACAGAAUAAAACUCGUAUAUAUGAUGCUUACAACAAAAUUUCAUUUCUUGCGCAGAUCACUUGGCCACACAGGAAACCUGGACCCGAAUGGUCAGGACUUAUGCAGAUGAUAAGUAAAGGUGAACACCCAGGUAAAUCAUCGGUUAUCCUGCUACCUAUGAUUGAUAUGGAUCCGAACGACAUGUCAUGCGUUUUCACAACGCUUCAGUAUAUUUCCAGCCAUGCAUACAAGUACAAGCAAACCGCGGUUCUCACAUUUGAUCAACCAUUGUAUUGGAAAGCAGUAACAAUUGUAUCCAAAGCUAAUGAUGGUACUUUGCUAAAGGACAUGGUAGUUCGACUAGGCGGAUUUCACUGCAUAAUGAGCUUUCUGGGAUGCAUUGGCCAACUCAUGUCAGGCACAGGAUUGAAUGAAUUGUUUGAAACAGUGUAUGCUCCAAAUACUGUGCCACACAUUAUGAGCGGGAAAGCAGUUGCAAGAGCUGUUCGCGGACACUCGUUAGCCUCAACUGCCCUAUGUAUUCUUUUGAUGCGUGAGGAAAUAAUUAGUUCUGUAGAAAACCCUAUUGAUGACAAUAACAACACACCAGCAACUCAAAGUAAAAAAAACUGCAAUAAUAAAGAAAGUACAUUUGAAGGAAUUAGCUGCACUGUGUCUCCCAGCAUGCAAACAAUGACUGACCUCUAUGAAAAGCUUGUAUCUGGUAAAAAUCUACCACAAGAUGUGUAUGACAAUGAACUUUUAGAAAAGUUAUUUCGAUCCUGGUUGGACACAAAAUCUCGUCUGAAAGUGUACCCAACAGCAGCAUUGUGGAUCCAGUAUCUGGAAAUAAUUGACAUCUAUAGACAGUUUGUAUUUGCUGAGCGUACUGGUAACUGGGAAUUGAGUCUGCAGUCCCUUCAUGAAAUGUUACCGUAUUUUGCUGCAGCAGGACACAACUUAUACUUGAAAUCUGUAUACCACUAUUUGGAAACUAUGAAGAAACUUCCCGAAAGCCAUCCAAAUGUUUGUCAAGCAUUUCAAAAUGGUUUACAAGUUGUGAGACGAAGUGACAGAUACUGGGCAGGCUUGUCACCAGACCUUGUUAUUGAGCAAGUCCUAAUGAGAAGUGCAAAAACUACAGGUGGAAUGACACGUGGUAAGGGUAUGUCAGAAAGCCAACGUACACAAUGGCUUUUAUCCAUGCCUACAUGUGUUGAAAUGAACAAUGCAAUGCAAUCUUUCUGUGAGAAAGAAUUUCAGUCCAGUCCACAACAUAAUAAGGAAUUUGGGAAAACUCGCAAUGAGAGAGACUACAAGGACACACAAACAUUCGUGUCCUUUCUAGAAGAAAGAACCCCAUUUCGUAAGGAUCCUCUUUUGUACAAUAUAGAAACUGGUGUCACCUCCUCAGAAAACGUGAAUGUACAUAAGGCUAAAAGUGUUGGGGAUGGUAUUGUCCAGUCUAUGAUGGGACAAGAUGCUUUUGAAAUCACAUUUAAACGGAACAAAAGGGCGGUUACUCUGGACGCUGCACCGCGGACCAAGACAGAUGACGUUGUGAAAGUUGAUCCACAAUUACUGUUUCAAAGACUAUCUACAGCAGCCGAAAGAUUUGCUGAUGACAUUCCGAGUAUAUUUUCAUAUGAGCUUUGUAGUGUACCAUCUGCAUUGUUUGAUACUACUGGACUCAUUCGAAAGUCUCAAAAGUCCUUACUGGCUGAUGCGAUAUGGUAACUUGGUGACUGUAGUGCAUGUGAGGAAUCUGACACUGUAAACUUAACUUAUGUGCUUGAUGGUGGAUCUCUUCUUCAUCAUUUGCCGUGGAAGCUGGAAAUGACAUUUGCUGAAAUCUGUAAAGCCUAUAUAAGCUACAUAGCUGGAAGGUAUUCCAAUGCAGUGAUUGUGUUUGAUGGUUAUCUGUCAGGACCAACAACAAAAGACACAGCACAUAUCAGGCGAAUGCAUGGUGUUGUUGGACCAAAAGUCUACUUUACAAAAUGCACUCCAUUGGCUUCACGAAAAGAGAAGUUCUUGUCAAACCCAGAAAAUAAACAGAAUUUCAUUUUCAUGUUGGGAACAGAAUUAGAAGGACACGGAUAUCGCUGUGUUCACGCUAUCCAUGAUGCUGAUCGGUUGAUUGUAGAAACUUCUCUCAAAUUAGCGGAAACAUCAAAUGUAACCAUUAUUGGUGAAGAUACGGAUUUGCUUGUACUUCUGUUGCAUUUCAAUUCACCCAGCAGAUCGGUAUUCCUCAAGUCAGCAACCAGUGCUACAGCCUCCAAGGGAUUGCGAGUUUGGCAUAUUCAGAAGACAAAACGGGUAUUAGGUCUCAGCUGUUCCCAUAUCCUGCCUGUAAUACAUGCCCUCACUGGAUGUGAUACUACCUCACAGAUGUAUGGCAUAAGCAAAGGAGCGGCACUGAAAAAGUUUUUGGGUGAUACAGAUCUUGUUACACUUGCGGAGACAUUCAUAGAACAGUCCACUGAAGAAAGCAUAGUAAGCAAUGGAGAAAAGAUACUUGUUAGUCUGUAUGGUGGAUUGGAUGAGGAAGGGUUAGACAUGUUACGCUUCAGGAAAUUUACGCGGAAGGUAAUGACAAGUACAACCCAUGUGCAGGCCCAAACAUUACCACCUACCUCUAGGUCGGCUAAGUAUCACAGCGUGCGCUCAUAUUUUCAAGUCCAGGAGUGGAUAGGAGCUGACCCACGACUGCUGCCAACUGAAUGGGGUUGGGCUCUUAAUAACGACAGACUUCUACCAUUGAAAACAGAUUUACCGCCUGCCCCAGAGAACCUUCUUAACAUGAUUAAAUGCAGAUGCAAACGAAAUUGCGAUUCUAAAAAAUGCACAUGUAGAAAAAACGGACUUGAAUGUACAACUGGAUGUUCAGAGUGCCAGGGUGUUAGUUGCACUAACACAACAUGUAGACGGGAAUCAGACGAUUCUGACUCAGACUUGGAAUUAUAAGAACCUGGUUUAACAUUUGUGUUAAAGACUUUAUUACAUGCGCCUGAUACUUGUGGUCAAACAUGAACGUAAUGUGGCAGUCAUAUAUCCUAUUAAGGUUAUGUUCGUUGCCCCACCCACUUCUUCAUUAUUGUAUAAUGUUUAAUGUAUAUUUAUUUCGCUUUAAAUACAUGCACAGAUAGCAAAAGAAUAUAUUUUUAUAUUAUUUGCUACUUUCUGUGUACCGGAUUAUGUUCAAAUAUUGAAAUGAAACUGCUCUUCUGAACACUAUUUAGCUGUAGCAGGCAAUUUCUAUCUGAAAUAUUAAGUGUUUACCUAGUAAAUAUUUUCAUUUUUGUACAAUAUUUCCCCUGCUUAGAUUUUUCUAGAUUUUUUUUAUUUGAUAUGUAAUAGAUCCUAGAUGGUAAAUUUAAAGGUUUCGUUUCUGUUGCAAUUUUUUUAAGGUUAUGGCUAUUUUGGGGAUAUUUUGACUGGACUAUAACAUACACAACCAUAACUGCAUGAUGAUUCUACAAAAAGUUUAAAAUAAGAUACUUAAAAUGUUUUAAUAUUUAUGUCGGAAUUUUGUUUGAUAUUCAUUGAGACAUAGUGGUUGAUAUAAGAUACACAAUAAUAACAAGAUCAUUUACUGAGUGAAGAGUUUCCAUUCAGUUGCCAAUAAGAUAUCACAGUUUAAAAAUUUAUCAUUUCCAUGCGAUGCUCAAAUUAUAAUGAACAUGAACAUAGUUUAUAUUAUUUCUUGAGCAAGAUCAACUGUCACAAAGUUAUAAAUAAGUCGAUAGAAAUAUGCACCCUUUUUUUGGUUAGAUUCUUUGCAUUGUUAAAUGACAAUUUGUUUAAAAAAUGCAUGCUAACCUACAGUUAUUUAUUCCGUAUUUCAUUGAACACUGUUAUUGGUUAUAAUGAUUUUAUUUUUUAUUUUCUUGAACAUAAUCUUGUCUAUUACCGUUGCAUUUACAAGUUUCUCUCAUGCCCCAGUAAGUAUUGCAUCGCUAACGUUGAUCCAUUUGCUAAUUAACGAAUGUGUCUGAACAAUUAUGUUUUAUACAAUAUAGUAAACGAAAUUUAAUUUCAAAUGUAUAUCACAAUUUUGAUACAACGUCUUAAGUUGGAA